AUGACACAACCGCCCACCCGCAAAACUCCAAAUCCAACACUCUAUCUUCUGGGCUUCGAUUGCUAUCCCAACGACAGAGAGUACUUUGAAGCGCGGCAUGCAACCGGAAGUGCGACACCCUACUGGUUCAAAGAGAAACUCGUAUAUGAAGAUAUUGACGCAAGACCGCCUACGCGGACGGUAGUCGCAGGGACGCCAAAGAGCAGCAUGGAUAGUACACAGGAGUAUGACAAGGACAGCAAGACAAUAAAGUUGGAAGUGCAGGAAACGACAGAAGACGACGAAGCAAGCGACGAGUCCAUUCUGAAUACGAAAAAGACAAGGAAGAAGAAGUAUCCCGCCAAGCAAGCUUCCAAGUCACCCGUUAGGAAGAUCAUCACAAUACCGCUACCAAAACGCCGCAUCGCAUUCCCCUGGACCCCAAGAAACCACAAAAAACCUCAUGCAUCAGUCCACCGCCAACGACGCAAAAAACCAAACCACGCCAUCAACAAAUGGCAACACAAAGACCCGCGUCCCCUCGUCCCCACACCCCCGCCAUACCUCCCCCUCAUCUUCGAUACAAAACUCCUCACCGAUAUAGUACCUCUGCCCCAGCCCGCAGAUCGUGCUGAACACCAGGGAAACGGGAGUAGCGCUGUAUGA